AUGUUUGUGCUCUUCUUCACGACAAGCGUCCUCCUCGACAUCAACCACGCGAUCAUCUUUACGCGCGAAGUGCAAGUCUUCAACCAAGUGUGCUUCAAGUGGUCGAUGGGCUUUCAGCUCUUCGCGCUGAGCACGCGCUUGCUCUGGCUCAACUGUGCGUUUCUCAAGGCACUCAAAGUGCUGUGGCACCUCGUGUCGACGGCCACGUACUGCGGGCAAAGCACCGUCAUGGGCUUCUUCAACCUCCGGAGCGUCACAUCUCUGUACCUGAGUGCGAUCCUGCUCUUUUACAUCCCGCCGUUCAUCGAGUACAACAACAGCGUGCGCGCAGACAUCAAGAACGUCGACGAGCCGCUCGAUGGGAUCGCGUUGGACUUUCUGCAGAGCUUUUACGUGCGCGGGUCGGGUGCAAUCGCCGCAGGUCUUGUCUCCAACAUUCUCAUGGUCGCGCUGCUCGACCACACGUGCAACAUGGCCUUUUGGCGCCGCCUCGGCCAAAACAGUUUGGCGCGCCAAGCGAUCUACAACAGCACGUCGAUUUUGAUGGACGACAUUGUCGGGAUUGAUCCUGGAGCGAUCGAUGCCGCCUCGCCGGUGAUUCACUGCAAGGCCCGUCGGCUCUGCACGCUCCAGUGGUUCUUUCUCAGCCAUUUGAGUCUCUUUGGCUUGCCGGAAAAGGAGUUGAAGAAGAAGGCGCAUGCGAACCACCAGCAUGCGCACCAUCCUCCGGCGAGUGAUACCACCGUGGGUAUGAGUCAACUGCCAUCCGCGCACGGCGACGGCACCGAGAGCAGCAGCUCGGGCCGGUCAGAUCAACUCUACCUCGUCGCGCAAGGCUCGGACCACCACUUUCAUCUUCUCGACAGCGACUACAAGGACGUGAAAAGCCUCAUGUUCAACAUCAAGAUCCUCAAAAACACCAGUUAUAUCUGCGAUAUCUGGUCAAAGGACUUGCAUGAUUCACCAAUACACAGCUUAGGUUCUUGGAACCUAGGCGGCUAG